GCCAGCGGUUGGAGGAACUGCGUGGCUGAAAAAAAGAAACUGACACGUGGAUCAUAAUGAACAGGAAAGACUGAUUUUCGUCAGUCCAUUUGUUGGCUGCACAAGCUCGAUGGAUGCUGCAUAGACCCCGUAUGGAUAUGCUUCUGCAUAUAAACGUACUGAUUUCGUUUCUUUGCCGUUUUGCUUGUCACGCGAGAUCGUACACGAGGAGAUAAAACACAAACAAUAAUAUUGUCGUUGAAUGGCAGUUCUACAAAAACAUGGCAAGAACUGUAGUCCAGAUUCGGUCGGUACUAAGGAGAACCCCGCAGAUAAUUUUGCACAAGUUGGACCACAGAAGAAGUGGGCUGAGUCGAGUCAAACCUGGACUAGGCCAUUAGCCAGAAUAUGGACCGUGGUUCUGUUGCUGGGGACAUGCCUGCUGUACUGCGCCCGUGUAGCGAUGCCUAUCUGUGCAGUGAGCAUGGCAGAGAAGUUCAGCUGGUCCAAAAGAGAGACUGGCAUGGUGCUGGGCAGCUUCUUUUGGGGUUACUGCUUCACUCAGGUCCUUGGAGGUUACGUCAGUGACAGGGUGGGAGGAGAGAAAGUGAUGCUGUUGUCAGCGGCGGCUUGGGGAGCGAUGACCGCGUUCACACCCAUCCUGGCCCAUUUUUGCUCACAACCCAUCGUCUCCAUGACAAUCUCACGGUUCCUAAUGGGGCUGCUGCAGGGUGUACAUUACCCGUCCCUGGCCAGUCUGUGCUCUCAGAAGGUCGUGGAGAGUGAGCGAGGUUUCCUUAUGAGCACAGUAGGAAGCGGCUCUUACCUGGGGACUUUGGUGAUAGGAGGCAUUGGCUCUCUCAUGUUGGAUCUGUAUGGUUGGGAGAGUGUGUUUUACAUCUCUGGGCUGCUGUCCAUGUUGUGGGCAUACUGCAUGUGGAAAUAUCUGCUCAAGGGUGAAGGUCCGAUCAUUACGCUGGAGUCUCUGGGCAGCGCUGGCACCCAGUCCAAAAUGUCUAGGAGAAACUGGCUGCGACUCCUCCGACAACCAGCUGUGUGCGCUGUCAUUAUUACCCACUUGUGCACCGCUAGCACCUUCUUCACACUUCUGUCAUGGCUGCCAACGUUUUUCAAGGACACCUUCCCUGAUGCCAAGGGUUGGGUGUUUAACGUAAUCCCCUGGUUUGUGGCCAUCCCCUCUUCUCUGUUUAGUGGCUGCCUCUCAGACCAUCUUAUCAGUCAGGGUUUUGAUACAGCGUCAGUAAGAAAACUGAUGCAGUUCUUCUCUAUGGGUGUGUCCAGUGUAUUUACAUUGUGUCUGUGCGGGACCACCACCUUCCCCACAGCUGUUGCGUUUGUGUCUGCUACUAUGGGCCUUACAACAUUCAGCCACUGUGGGGUUUCAGUGAAUGUUCAAGAUCUGGCUCCGUCCUGUGCUGGAGCUCUGUUUGGGGUGAUGAAUACAUGUGGAGCAUUUUCAGGGGUCAUCAUGGUGUAUUUCUCGGGGUAUCUGAUCGAGGCCACCGGUUCCUGGGCGUCAGUUUUCGGCCUCAUCAGUCUUGUUAACCUCCUAGGUUUAGGGACAUUUUUAACAUUUGCAGAAGCUCGCAGAAUGGACAUAGAUAUAAUAAAGGGCCGUUACCACAACAUCCACAUCUGAAAGCAGAGAGGACGAAGAAAAAAGCAUUGGGUACCAGAGAGGACCAUUUCAUAGAUCUGGUGCUUUGUCUCCCAAACACGACAUGCUUUAAUAGCAAACAGGUACAGGGGGACUCUCUACAGUUACUGAAUGGUUCAUUGCAUUUUGUUUUGCUUGGUUUGUUAGGUAGAGGGAAAUAUACAGAAAAUUAGUAAAAUAUAUAUAUAUAUAUAUAUAUAUGGGAGGUGUCUGAAGAGUUGAAGAGCCUUACUAGUGGCCAAAAUAUGAAUAGUGUAAAAAAAUUAAUAUUUAUUUAUAUUCUGUUCAUUGUGGCCUUUAAAGCACAAGUGAUUGAUAAGAGUAGCAGUAGAUUUCUUUAUAAUCACUUUGACCAAAGCAGUCAUUCAUGCAUUUGUUGCUUUUGGUACAUACAACACGCACCGAACCAUCUAUUUUAAUAUUGAAUUAGUCAGGCUAGAUUUAAUAUUGCUUUAUAAUUAUUACCAACAUGUAAUAUAUUUUAAAUAGCAUAGUUAUGUACAAAUAUGCAGUCAUUUUUAUCAGUGCAAGACAUCUCGCAGGGAUUGUGCAAGUUGUGUGUUUUUUACAUACAGUAUGGUUUGUUACAGCACAGUGUGAUCUUUUAAGUGAAGAAAGUUACUGUUGUUAUUGGUCCAGAGUUUCUGAGAAUAGUUUCUGAAUGUCUCCGCUUUCGAAACAAACUGUUAUUUUUUUUGUUUAUCAUUUAUUAAUUUAUUGUUAGGGACCUUCUCUCGAUGCGGAACAGAAAGUUGCACAAUGAAUGUAUUACGGUUAUAAGCUUUAUUAUGUAGAGAGAACGUUGAUGGUUACAUCUAAUUGGAAAUUCAACUUCAAAAUCUACAGUAUAAUACACUUAAUACCAUAUAACCACAAACUAAAGUUAAUUUUUGAGCUUUAGUAUAUAGAAAGGUUAUAAACGUGUUGUGGUGAGAUGCAAAAGGCUGAUGAAUUAGUCUUCCUCAUUCUAGAUGAUUCCACAGCUUCAGUGUCUGACUUACACAAUUUUCCUUAUGGUAGAUGUGAAAUGCGAUGUGAAGUGUUUUCCGAGGUAUUUAUUUUUUUAAUUAUUUGUAGUGUUUGGAAAGUUGGAGGUCAUCUUUACAAAAAAUAACCUCACAUUCGCAGUACAAUCAAUCGCUUCCUCAAUAUAGUACAUAUUAUUUUUGAGGAAAGACUGUAGAAUUGAAGGAAAACUGGUGUUUUUCUUCAGACUUAACUAUGCUUCGUCACUUAAUGUGCUUUAAAAAUCCUGCACAAUUCCUCCGUUACUUCAGGUUGUUGUUAGAGACAAUUGUGAAAGAUUUUGCAAAGAAAUAGGAAAACUUGAAUUAAUAAUAAUACAACACUGUUCUUUGUAAAUGUGUUCACAGAGGCACUUUGUGAUUAUAUUUUUAUUUAAUUUUUUUUAACACAAAAUUAUGUAAAAUAUAAAAUCACAUGUAGAGAAUAUUACAAAAAAAGUGUAUUUAUUGAUUUAUAUUUGAUUUAGGUUAGGGUGGAAAUGCUUCAAUGCUUUUUUAAUACAUGUGUGUUUUAAACCUUUUAAUAUGUUUUGUCUAGUCCCUUUUGUUCAUCGGUCAUGUAAAUGUUAUAUGAAUGGGGUUUGUUCAAUUAUCACGACAACAAUAACUUGCAGUAUAUUUGUGUAAUAGUCAACAACUUCUGAAUAGUACGCUUGUAUCAUUCCUUCCUACAGAGGCAAUGAAAUACAAUAAAUGUUCAAUUAAUGUCAUUUUGAAGUCUUACACAAGACCUAUUGUAUUCUUGUUUUAGGGACAAAUGUAAUGAAAUGUUAAUGCAAUGUAAAUCCUGUAUUUGUAAGCAUAUUUUGCUGAAAUAUAAAAUAUAUAUUUUAUCAAGUGAAACAA